CAUCGCCGCCAGCACCGCGCUGGACGUCCUCGCCGCCAUCCCCGUCAUCGCCCACGACAUCCGCCUCGCGCCCACCCUCGUCUGUCUUUUCUCAGCCUCGCGAUGCGCCCCGCCCGCCUCAGCAGCAACCACUUCGACGUGCCCGCGCACCGCCCGCAGAGCCCGCGAAUAGGCUCGUUCUUUUGCUCGCCAGACCUCAGCAGCUCUCGCUGGCAGUCGUUGCGAUCUCAAGUACGCGACCGUGCACCUGCUUUUGGCAGCGCGCUGCACGACGACGGUCCCACCUCGGUCGUUUUCCAGCCCUUGGAUGCGCUGCCCUCGUCGUCAGACAAGCCGUAUGGCUCGCCGCGACACCGUCCGGGCUUCUCGCAUAGUACAUCCCUGGGCAGCUCUAUCCCACCAUCACCCAUCCUUACAGACGUUGGCUCGGCGCCCGCCCUGCCCGUCCUCUCGCCGUACGCUACCGAGAGCUCGAAACGGCUCACCCUCCGACGCACGAAACGCAGCCAAUUCUUCACCCUACCGCAGUUCGUGGAGACUCAGGCGUUCUGGCUCGUCCUGUACUUCACGUUCAAUCUCGGGCUGACGCUCUACAACAAGCUGGUUCUUGUCCACUUCCCCUUCCCGUACACGCUAACUGCGCUUCACGCACUCUGUGGGACGCUCGGAGGCUUGACCUUACGGAGACGGGGUACCUACGUGCCUGCGAAACUCAGCGCGAGGUCAUCGGCUGCACUGGCGGCGUUCGGUGUGUUGUACGCGGUUAACAUCGCGGUAAGCAAUGUGUCGUUGCAGAUGGUGACCAUUCCGUUCCACCAAGUCGUCCGCGCCGCAACGCCCAUCUUCACUACCGCCCUCUCCAUGCUUCUCUUCGGCACACAGUUCACUCGCCUGAAGAUACUCUCCCUCAUCCCCGUCAUGGCUGGCGUAGCCCUCGCCACCUAUGGCGAUUACUACUUCACCUUCCUUGGCCUCCUUCUCACCCUCCUCGGCACCUUCCUCGCCGCGCUCAAGACUAUCUACACCAACGUCCUCCAAUCCUCGCCUAGCAGCUCCCGCCCACACUCGGCGCGUCUCCCUGUCCCCCCGCGCCUUGCCCUUCACCCACUUGACCUCCUCACGCGCACGUCACCCCUCGCCUGCGCGCUCUGUCUCUUCUACGCGUGCGUAUCCGGCGAGCUCGGGCAGGCGCGUACGUCGUUGGUGCCGCACACGAUGGCGGGCUGUGGGCGCGUACUCGUUAUACUGGGGAACGGCGUGAUCGCGUUCGGGCUGAACGUGGUCAGUCUGAGCGCGAACAAGAAGGUCGGGGCGCUGAACAUGACGGUGGCUGCGAACGUGAAGCAGGCGCUGACGAUCCUCUGUGCGGUGGGCAUCUUCCACCUGACAAUCACCCCUGCGAAUGCGCUUGGGAUAUGCGUCACCCUUGCAGGCGGCGCGUGGUAUGCGUGGGUUGAGUACUCCGUGAAACACCGCAGCUCAGCGUAGGUGUGAAGAAAACGCCACGGGCAAGUCCUCAUAUGUCCGCCUAUCCGACAUCUCCGCAUGCAGUUCAUCACUAUCUCCUUUUACCCUCACCCUUUUGUCGUUAUUGUAUUGGUAUGAUUUUGUACAUGGACUUUGAGAUGCAAUGGACUCAUCCGAAUGUGUAGGAUGGAGUUAAUGUGUAUUAGUGUUUUGUAGUAUGUAUCCUCAGCCUAGUUUAUAGGAUGGCAAUCAAUGCUAUUGAUGUCCAGGA